AUGGCAGACAAAACGCAGUCAGAAUUCACUCAAGCGAUCGUCCAGACCAAACCCCUUGAAGAGCCCCUGGGUCAACUCCACGCCUCUUUCAAGGCCACUUGUGAAAGAAAAGAACUGUCUUGCUCGUCAGAUGCACUUGGUCAAUUAGGCCAGGAAGUCUCCUCGGGCGAUUUUGACUUCGAAUGCAUCAAGCCUCUCUUGAACACAGCUCUUAGUAGCAACCCAUAUGACUCCACUAUCUGGGAGCAAGUCUAUAGAGCUAUCACUCAAUCUGGCGUGCCUCACCAGCAGAUAUUGUUACAAGCUCCGUCGCCACUCAAUCCAACCAACUCCCCGGCAUCCAACGAGUCACCCCAACAAGGCAUACGCGACAGAAUGCUAGAUCUGGAUAUGAGUCCCGAUGACUGCUACUAUCGGCUUCUACGCGAGGACAACAGCGGGAAGAGAGUCAUUUAUGUUUUCAUAACUGACAACACCAUCCUCCCCGAAGACUCGAGAACCGAAAAUUACGCCCUUAUUCGCAAGCUAUCCAAGCUCGACGGGUGCCAGGGGCCGAGAUUUAUCGAUUUCGAGAAGUCUUCUUUGCCACCACCCAACGAUCCCGAACUCUGGCGGGAAAUGAAAGAGCAGGAGCUUCGCGGCCUAGAGGCAGCUCUGCUGGAUGAGACUGGAAUGGGAAAGCCCUGGAGUUGGUAG